CGCCCRAUCCAAUUUUCUCGRAUCGUUUCUCACGAGGCACUGGUUCGUCAUGCCCAUCGACCCCGGAGGCAAUAAACCGCACUACRSAAAGCAACUUGUUGCACACGAAACCAUUCGGUACAAAACCUAGCAAAUAAACCUACCUUGUAGCCCGAUCGAAACCCAAGUAGAAAUUAGAUUAGUUGUUGUUUUCGAGAAUGAAGAUCCCAUCGGCAUGCAGUGUUGUCAUCSUUUUGGCCGGUGUAGCGGUCGUAGUCCGCGGAUUUUCCGUGAACACCAUCGCGAGACCAGCAGCAUCGACGUCCCCUAGCGGCAUCGUCGGCCCCCCUCGAACCGAGUUGUUCGGUGCGGGAGAGACCAUUGGCGAAGGUGCUUCCGCUCCGUACAGGGAGGAAUUGGUCCGUCGUGAAAUGCUAGCGGCGAGGUUGCAGAAGAACAAGCAUAUCGAGCCGAUCCCGACCGCAGAGACCGAGGAAGAACCCGAGGAAGAACCCGACGAAGAAGAAGAUUCUCAAGCCGUCGCGGUCGMCGAAGAGGAAGGUACCGAUGAUGAAAAAGAGCCCGAAACAACCUCGGAGAAAGAAGAGAAAGACACCCAGGAAGCAGAAGAGCCAGAAGGAGCCUCGAGCGCAGAGGAAGUAGAUUCGGAAGGAGCAACUUCCGAAGAACCUACCGACAACRAAGAUGAGACGGAAUCCAUCGUGAGUGAAGCCGAUCCUACCGAAAAGGAUGCCGCCGUCGAAGUUGAGGAAAGCAAAGACGAAGGAAAGGAAAACGAUGAGUCGGCUUUGGAGCCCUACUAUGCCACCACCUUUUCCAUUACGAACCCGCCCUUCGACAAGGACGCCCCCAGGGCUGGUUCGAAGGCCAGCGGCAAAGGAAACGACGACGGGGGGGUCAAGCUCGAGGUCGUCGCCAACGUUGCCGCCAGCAUUGCCAAGGAGGUCGCGGCAGACCUACUGUCCUUUAUUCGGUUCGGUGCCGCGAACCUCCUCACCUCGUCCCUCCCGGAAACCCAGCGCGAGGAACUCCUGCGGCGGAUGGGUGCGCAGAUGCUGCCCCCGGGAACGACGGCGRCGACGAUCGAAACGACCGCCGAGCCGGAGGACGCACGCGCYAGCAUCAACGAAGAAAUUGCGCUGGCCAGGGCCGAGGAAGCGCAGGCGAGCGAGAAAAAGUGGGAGAGGGAAAAAGAAGACAUUGUCCGGCAGAUGGAAGACGCYGCCAACGCACGGGUGGAGGACGAGCUGAAAAUCCAGCAGAUGAAACUCGAARAGGAACAACGGGAGGCGCUGAAGGCCAAGGAARCGGAGCUGGAAGAAGAGAGRAAGCGGUUCUUGUUGCUGGAGGAGGAGCGCAAGAAGGAGAAAGAAYUUCUGGCAAACGAGGUGCCGGACGGCGGUGCAGAGGUUUCGGAUUUGUUCGUCGCCAAGAAAAAGGAGGCGGAAGAGCAAAACAAGGAGGUGGAAGAACUGCUGGAAAAACGAAAGAAACAAAAAGCCGUGCUGGAUACCAUCGAAGAGGAGCUCCGUGUCUCCGUAGCAAACGAAGCGGAAGAACGAGAGCGACUCAAUUCGUUGCUGGAAAAGCGAAAGGAGCAACAAUCCGAACUGUCCAUCGUCGAAGAGAACCUCCGGGUCCAGGUUGYGGAAAUCGAAGCGGAAAAGGUCCAGUACAAGGAACUCGUGGCGGAGCUGGAGGCGUUGAAAGAACAGGAGCAAAUGAUGAAGCAAGAAAGUCCAACCGCACAGGAAUCGUCCGAGGCUACGCCAGGAGAAGACACAGACUCUGAAGAUAGUGAGGAUAGCGAGGAAGACAUAGUGCACCCCGUCCUUGGCCCCGUUGUCGCUGAUCUCGGAUACAAGCGCAUUCAUUUUGUUUCCGCUGGCAGGCUUUCAAAUAUUCCGGUAUGGAACAGAAAUCGGUAAGUUGGUUGUUGUUCGAACGGAGGCAAAUCGCGUGGGAACGAGCCAAGGCCGCUCAUCCGAAAUGUGUCGUUUUCGUUUUGUUGCCUUUCYGUUUGCACGUUGCUCACUCAAAACRCGGCGCAGAAUCUACCGCAACAACCGAGCCAAGUCGAUGGCCACCGAGAAGAUCAAGUCCAUGGAACUGGGUUUCCCGGGCGCAAUUUGCUUGCACGAAACCGCCAGCGGCAAGCUGUCCAUCGUGGACGGCCAGCACCGGGUCGGAAUGAUGGCCGCGCUAAAGACCACCAUCAACAAGAAGGUCCAGAAGGGAGAGGACCUCGGCGACCUCGAAGGYGUCGACGAGGUCUUCGAGCGGGUYCUCGURGAGGUCUAUCCCGAGCAAGAGGKGGGCGAGGGCGAUCGCUUUGCCGAAAAGGUCUUUCUGGAGAUCAACAAGGCGGAACCCGUCAAGCUGAUCGACAUGCCCGGCGUGGCCUCCGCCGCCGACCGGAAGAUCAUCACGGAAGCGGUGGAGACCCUCAACGAAAACUUCCCGAGCAUGUUCAGCCCGUCCCAGCGCUGCCGCAUACCGAACGUCAACGUGGACAACCUCCGCGGSGCGGUCUACGGCGCGAACAUACUGAAGAGGCACAAGCUGACCACGGGCAAGCAGCUCGUCGAAUGGUUCGUCGAAAAGAACGCCGAGCUGGGGGAAGAGUACGAAAACAGCAAGGAGAAGCAAGGGCUCGUCAGCGCGAAACAAUGGAGCAAGGCCUCGUCGAACAAUUUCUAUCUGGGCAUCGACAGCUCGUGGCUCUACAAGUAAGAACGAAUCGCAAUGYCAUUCWCUUCACUUCAUUUGAUUUCAUUCCCUUCCACUCCACGUGCAAACAUGGCACGGUUCCAACCAAAAAGGCUACAACAACACAAUCAACACUAUGCACUGCAUCGUAGAAGAGAAGAGAACCAACGAGAACAUUAMUAUAGAGGAAAAGGGAUAACCUUCCCGAUGGCGGCAUCUCGUUCUCGUCUGCUAACUACUGUAUAACAUUUUAGAAACCAUUACAAGGCUUUCGUGUUCGGUAUCCGAAUGAUUCUCGUUUCGAUAAUGAAAUCACUUCUAUAGU